CAUAUCGGGGUUAUUGUUAUAGGAGCCCUGAACGACACCGACUACGCUAAUGUUGCGGAUGAAAUUUGUGCUUUAAAUACAGGAUUGGGGAACCCCACGGUUAAUGAUGAAAACUUGCAUAACAACAUUAGAUCAUCUGAUCGAGAUGUGGUGUGGGGAGUUGCAGGUCUCCACACACUCGCGAAUUUGUCUAACCUCCUGGAUAGCAUACCCAAUACAUCAGGGUUUCUAAGAAAUAACGAGAACGGGAUCUGUGCUACGGCUACUCGACACAACGAUGGUAGAUCUGGGAUACGCAAACCACUCUCGGAUUUGUCUAUCCUGGUGGAUAAUAUACCCCACACAACACUGCGUGGCCAUGGAUCACACAAAAGACAGAGAUCCAUUCAGGCCGAGAUUCACACACCAAGGGGCCCGCAUACAACUUUACGAAAUACUGAUGCAAAGAGACAACGAAUGGUUCGGAGUGUGUCCCCCGUUUUGAAUGACAGAGUCAUCGCGAGCGAUAAUGUAGGACCAUUGGAGUCUGACGCUAGAACAUCUGGUCAAGGGUCGAACACACAUGACAUAGUAGAGAGCUUUGUAGAUUGGGAUGAGGAUCUGAUUAUCGCAUGGGACGCUUGUGAUUUUGAACUACAUACACCGGUGCAAUCACUAUCAGCGUCCAUGAAUGUACAAGAAACACCUGUGGCUUCCGAACAGACCCCAGAGUUAGGGGUGAAUCACAUAAACCAAGAAGACAACAAUUCUGAGGAUACAGAAUUGUUCCCAUAUGUUUUGACCCAGAACCUCGAUGUUCAAAGAAUCGUGGAUUCCGAACAGGACCCGGAGCCACUGCCUGGUAAUCAACAGGCCUAUAGAAACGAACUUGUGACUGAUGAACAGGUCACGGACAGCACAGGAAAUGAAGUGACUCCAGAAGAGCUCAAAGACUUUUUGCAUUAUGUAUGGCACGAUUAUGCACAGUUUAAGCAGUUUGUAGUCGAUGGUUUUGCAAUCCAGGAUACAGAGCAAAGAAAACUGUUGGGGUUAAUCGCCGAAAUUAUCACUCUGUUAAAAAACCCGACUUUGUAAGUGACAAAGCCGUUUUCUGCAGUUUUAAACUUAUACCGUUGAGUGUUCUCAAUACCAGAUACAACGGGGAAAAUUUUCAAUGUUUAUAUAAUCCGGUUUAUACAUGUUUUUUGAUACCUUGUUGGUGUUUCUUAUACUCAAUAUUAUUAUUAUUAUUGUUUUUUACUGAUUUUUUUAUUAUCUGAACUAUUGCUUGUUAUUUGUGAUAUAAUGUUUGAAAACAUUAA